AUGUCCCCCUUCACCGUAACCGAAGCGCACACCCGCGCCGAAAUCCACACCAUAGCCCUACUCAUCCAAAAAGCCAACCGCACCCCCUACCGUCCCUUCGUCGCCAUCCAAACACCCUCCGCUCCCGAUCUCCCCACCGCGCUCACCCUCUCCCAAGACUGGUUCUGGAACAAUCACACGCAUACACCGGGGAGUCAUUGGAUUACUGUUCAGGAUAGUGAGACUGGCGAGGUAGUCGGCGCGGCGAAUUGGUUGGUGAAUGAGAAGAAUAUUUUUCCGAGUCCGAUGCCGAAGAUUGAGGCGGGGUGGUGGCCGGAGGGGGAGGGGAGGGAGUUUGCGAAUUUCGUGUUGGCACAGGCAUUUAGACCGAGGAUGAGUUGGAUGAGGAGGGGGUGUGUGAUCCUCAAUAUCCUAGCUACGCAUCCCUCUUACCGUCGUCAAGGCGUAGCAACUCUCUUGAUGCAAUUCGGAGAGGAGAAAGCUAAAGAACUUAAUCUGGAAUGCUGGAGUGAAGCCGAAGGCGGAGCAGGAAGAGAAGGAGCGAGAUUCCUACUCGAGAAACACGGUUGGAGACCGUUACUUAAAUAUUGUAUUUAUGGAACCAAGGAAAACAUGAGUGAGGAGUGGCAGGAAUUAUGUCAUAAGUGUUUACCGCAGGAACAGUAUGCUAUGUGGAAACCAAAAGGAGGCGUGUGGACGGAUGAUACGAUUUUGCCAUGGGAUUUGGGGGCUGAGAAUUAAGUAUGCUUGGUUUUGCUUUGUUCUGAAUAACAGGGUUAAUUCUUGAUGAACAAA